GGACUUGCAGCCUGGUGCACUACUGGCCAAAGAAGCAGUCGAUCUACGGACCCAAGUGUGCCCAGCAGCAGUUAAAGGCGCAAAUGAGCCCCGUUAUCUUCGUUGUGCUGGUGGUGGUGAUCCUGGUACCCCCAUGGGAGGCUACUCCGAUAUAGUUGGGGCAUGUGGUAAAGUAACACGAUCGGAGACACCAUGCGAUGACAUCUCCAACAUGGUGGAUGCUGCGUAUAUCGGAGGUACCAGUGAGGAAAAGUUUGAUGUCCUACCCAAACUGGACAGAACAUUUGCCGAUUUCUGGAGAAAGAUGGAGCUCAGAUUAAACCAACCUGGCCACCUGUACAAGAACUUAACAACACACUCUCCUGGAGACCUCGGAAGGCCCUAA